AUUCGGAAUUCAAUUCCUCCCUCCCUUGAUGCGACUCUCAGCGAUGACCAACCAAACACAAUGGCAGAAGUGAUCGUCGCCUUCGACAUCUACGGGACCUUACUGUCCUUUGAAUCGGCCACGCACGAGCUGUCGCAGCACUUGCAGGUGGACGCGGAGCGUGCGCGCAACGUGGCCCAGACCUGGCGACGCUACCAGCUGGAGUAUACCUGGCGGCUGAACAGCAUGGGCCGCUAUCUCCCCUUCAACGAAGUCACCCGAAACGCUCUGCAGCACGCGCUGGACGACACCGGAUCCUUCCUAGGCGAGCCGGAGAUCGACAGCGUCCUCACAGCCCACAAUCGCCUGCAACCGUUCCCGGACGUCGAGGACGCCCUCCGGAAGAUCGCAGCCACGCGGAUCAGGCCGGUGGUCUUUUCCAAUGGAACGGUGGACAUGGUGCGCGCCUGUCUCAGCCACGCCGCACCGCCGUCGCUGCAGAAGAUGAAGAUGGAGAUCGUCAGUGUGCAUCCCGUCCAGCAGUACAAGCCCGCCCCGGCGACCUACAGGCACCUGCAGGAGCAGGUGGGCGGCAACGCGGAGGCGGGAAUCUGGCUCAUCAGCGCGAAUCCAUUCGAUAUCGCCGGCGCGACGAGGGCAGGCCUGAAGACGAUCUGGGUCGAUCGGGACCAGACGGGUUGGACGGACCGCGCAUUGCCCGGUGUCGAGCCCACGGCGUGUAUCAGCCAGCUGGUGGAUUGCGUCGACAUCAUUCUUCCAGACUACCGAUAACAUGUACAAUACGGCACUACUGUGGGAGGAAAAAAAAAAAAAAAAAGAAGAAAA